GCGCCCCCCCUCUCAUUGACUUUCUUUUUUCUUCGCCUCCCACACACUUGCACACUUGUUCGUUUCAGGCCAAAUACAAAAUGUUAUCGCUCGGGGAGGCUACUGAAACGAAAUCGGACCACUCAAUAGGCUCUAGAACCCCCUAAACCCUCAGCAGUAUAGUGGUCGUCGAGUGCAGCCAUCCGAUUGGAUUGCCUUGAAGAGCCCUAGGGAAAGUCAAUGGGCCAAUUAAUGGGACUGGGACCAGACUCCCGGAUGCUGUCCGUCUCCCGUGAAUUUGCCUUUGAUGAAUCAAUCUGGGAUUGGUCCUCAAGUUGACGCGGGUAGUCAAUCUCGAACGUACCCCGUAUUCAUCCUGUACUAUACACAUAUUUGUUGUACAGCGCAGAGUGCAUCAUCUUCAAAUCAGAAGGCAACCAAUUCCCCCAAUCCCAACUCUUUGCCUGUUUGUCUUUCUGGAACGCCUCCCACCGUCUCCUCCCACCCACACUCGGUCCCUAGCCAAACCCGUCCUAGUCUCGGAACACUAUUGUCGCAGUGGGGAAUGCAGGCAAAGCUUGGCACGGCAAUCGACGCUCCUCAUUCAACGGCACUGCCCCCUAGUCCUCGCUCGUCUAUCCCUGCGCGUUCCCGCCCUUGUCUCAGAAGAGCACACUGUCACUUCAUUGGCUGCGUUUGUCCAAUGAGUGGUUUUUUACUCAGCCCUUUUUGCGUUUGUGGUUUGUUUCCGCAUAUGGUAAUCUACCCCGAGGAUGGGAGCAGACACGGAGAUACAAAAGUGCCGCUUAGUCAGAGUGUCAGGAAUUAGGAUGGUUACAACAUACACGGGAGAAGAAAAAGAAGACUUUUACAGCGGUUCCAGUGGUUGAGAACAAAAAAUGGGAACUAAAAACAGGUCGAUGUUCGUAGGGCUUAGCACAUAGCCCAUUAAUCCACUAUGUUGAUCUUCUCUGGUUGCCAUAUAUAUUGCACGGAGUAGUACUAAAUACUCCGUCAGUGCUCUGUGGCAAUGAUCCUCUAGACGAUCCGUAUU